AUGGAACGCCCCUCAAAGCGGGCAAAGAUCUCUCUAGAUCAGUCCAGAGGAGAUAAAAGUCCGGAAAGCAGCGUGUCCACACCACUGGCAUCCCUGCAAAGGUCCAUCUCACCGCCAGCUAGAACACGCUCUGGGGAGCCAUUGCCAACGAUUUCAGCGUGUCCAGAGCUUCCUGGCGACCAGAAUAAUGGAUUCCCUGCAAAUCAGAGCAAUGUCAAUCUCUCUCGUCUAAUUUCGUCUCCAUUUGAACUCACCCAUAUCCAAGGUCUCACAGACCGAGGAGGCCUCAAUGAGGACACAGUCAAACUACGCGACAUUCUUGGAAAUCCGAUGAUCAAGGAGUGUUGGCAAUUCAACUACUGCUUUGAUGUCGAUUUCUUGAUGUCCAAAUUUGACCAGGAUGUCAGAAGCCUUGUCAAAGUCAAAAUUGUUCAUGGGUCCUGGGAGCGGGAAUCCAUGAAUAAGAUCCAUAUUGAUGAAGCAUGCACUCGAUAUCCGAAUAUCGAGGCUAUUACAGCCUAUAUGCCAGAACGUUUCGGUACACAUCACUCCAAAUUGAUGAUUCUCAUCCGACAUGAUGAUCUAGCACAGGUGGUUAUCCACACAGCCAACAUGAUUCCACAAGACUGGACAAAUAUGACCCAGGCGGUUUGGCGCUCGCCAUUGCUGCCUCUGCUGAGCCCAGGGACUCUACCCUCAUCGCCGGGGAAUACACCUCCAGGCACCGGCUCACGGUUCAAAAGAGACCUGCUCACAUAUCUGAGGGCAUACGGCCCCAAGAAAACUGGUUCGCUAGUUCAGCAGCUAAGUCGGUAUGACUUUGGCGCAGUACGUGCUGCUCUUGUUGCAAGUGUGCCCUCAAAACAACAUCUGAGUGGCCUGGAUUCCGGAAAGGCAACAUUAUGGGGUUGGCCAGCUCUGAAAGAUCUCAUGACCCAUGUGCCCGUGAGGAAUAUCAAAAAGAAGAAUCAGACGUGUCAUAUUGUUAUACAGGUCUCCUCGAUAGCUUCUCUCGGCCAAACAGACAAAUGGAUCAAGGAAUUCUUCAAAUCUCUUGCACCAACGUCCACCGAUCCCCCACCAAAGUACUCAAUCAUAUGGCCAACACCAGAGGAAGUCUAUCAUUCUCUGGAUGGCUAUGCAUCCGGUGGCUCAAUUCAUAUGAAGACUCAAAGCGCACCCCAGCAGAAACAAGUACAAUAUUUACGCCCGCAUUUAUGCCAAUGGGCCGGCGACUCAAAGGUCAUUGACCUAUCUCAGGACACACCCAAACGUGAGGCGGGUCGUGGCCGCGCUGCACCUCACAUCAAAACAUACAUCCGAUUCUCCAAUGAGACGAUGACCUCCAUUGAUUGGGCUAUGGUGACAUCAGCGAACCUAUCCACGCAAGCGUGGGGUGCGGCCCCAAACGCAAGUGGCGAAGUGAGAAUAUCCAGCUUCGAGGUUGGCGUUGUUGUUUGGCCUGCACUAUACGGCGAUUCUGCUUCGCAAGGAUCUGCGCAGUCCGAGAGCCCAGAUGUGUUGAUGGUACCUUGUUUCAAGCAGGACCAACCCGAUCCGACUAACCUGGCUCAAAAAGCUGAUACUGUGGUUGGACUGCGGAUGCCAUACGAUCUUCCACUUACUCCAUAUCGUGCAUCAGAUGAGCCGUGGUCUGCGACAGCUCCGCUUUACAUACCGGACUUAGGCCUGGGGUUAUAA